AUGUUGGGGAUUACUGAAAUUUUUAUAGCUCUAGUAGUGUGUCUCCUGAUUCUGCAGUUCCUCAAGCUGCAAUGGAUGCGUACCCAGCUUCCUCCAGGACCAGUUCCCCUCCCCAUCAUCGGAAAUUUGUGGCUGCUGGACUUCAAACUCCGCCGAGAAACUCUCAGUAAGUUAACCAACAUCUACGGAAACAUCUACACACUGUGGAUGGGAGAGACACCUCUGGUUGUGCUGAAUGGAUACAAAGCAGUAAAAGAUGGCAUUGUCACCCACUCAGAAGAAGUUUCUGGAAGACCUCUCACCCCUUUCUACAGGGAUAUGAUGGGCGAGAAAGGUAUUUUCCUGACAAAUGGCCACACUUGGAAGCAGCAGAGACGCUUUGGCAUGACAAUUAUAAGAAGUCUUGCACUUGGUAAGAACAAUUUGGAGCAUCAAAUUCAAAGAGAGGCCUGUCACCUUGUGGAUAUCUUCACAAAUACAGAAGGCAAACCUUUUGACCCCCACAAUUCCAUCGUCCAUGCAAUUGCAAAUAUCAUUUGUGCUGUUGUUUUCGGUCAUUGCUUCUCCAGUGAGGAUGAAUCUUUCAGCAAACUCAUCAAAGCUAUUUAUUCUGUGAUCUACUUUCAAGGUACUAUCUGGGGCAGGCUGUAUGAUGCUUUCCCAUGGCUCAUGCACCAUCUCCCAGGGCCUCAUCAGGAGGUGUUUGCAUACAAUGACUUCAUGCACAGAUUAGUCAUGGAGGAGGUUCAGGGCCAUGAAAGACAGAACACAGGUGAUCCACAGGAUCUCAUUGACUUCUACCUGGCUCAAAUAACAAAAACCAAGAACGACCCUACUUCUACAUUCAAUAAAGAAAAUAUGGUUCAGACUGUGGUUGAUCUUUUGCUAGGAGGGACAGAAACAACAAGCACCACCCUUCUCUGGGCACUGCUCUACAUGGUACAAUACCCAGAUAUACAAGAAAAGGUUCAAAGAGAGAUAGAGGCUGUUCUGGAACCCUCCCAUGUCAUCAGCUAUGAGGACCGUAAGCAGCUGCCCUACACAAACGCUGUGAUCCACGAGGCUCUGCGCUACAGCAACGUCACCUCCGUCGGGGUCCCUCGACAGUGCCUGAGGAGCACAACUCUGCUGGGUUUUCACAUUAAAAAGGGCACGCUUGUGUUGCCAAAUCUGCACUCUGUGGUCUAUGACACUGAGCACUGGGCAACCCCUUGGAAGUUCAACCCAGAUCAUUUCCUAGACUUGGAUGGCAACUUUGUGAACAAAGAGGCAUUCUUACCUUUCUCAGCAGGACAUCGUGUAUGUUUGGGGGAACGGAUGGCACGAGUUGAACUGUUCAUCUUCUUUACCAAUCUCCUUCGGGCAUUUACAUUCCAGCUCCCUGAGGGGGUGAAGGAAAUCAAUCUGGAGUACAUUUUGGGGGCAAUACUGCAGCCACACCCAUAUAAACUCUGUGCUAUUCCACGCUAGUCUGUAACACACUAAAAU